UAUGCGACCGUAGGCUCAACCUGAUUGGGUCAUUUUACAAAAAGGAAGUGAAAACAUGUUGCGCUUUUCCGAGCACGAUUAACUAUAGGCACGCAGGAUAUUUGUGGACAAUGUGAAAUAAGUAACUGCACGCUAAACCCUUUUUACCAGCUGCAGGCCAGCUCUUACAGCGUGCGAGAGCUGGAAAUGCAAAAGGUUCACUUGACAUAUGGACACUCGGGAUUCAUUUGAGAGCUCAGACGCCGCUUCCUGGUUUGUUGGACGCAAAGAGAAAUAAAAGUCCGCGUGUCAUUCAUAAAGAUAAGCCAGACUCUGCAGAGGGGCAGAAAUGGAUCAAGCACGACCCCAAACCACACAGGAAAGCAAGGGGUCAGUGUCACAGCGGUACAAGGAACACAGUGAUGACUCCACUGACAAGAGGGCUACCGACAACACUGUGUCUCUGGCUAAGGAUGAGAAGAGGGCGAUCAGAAGAGUGCGAAGUCCAUCCAGACCGAGGGCAUGGUUGUCCACUUCUUACAAACCAAAGUUUGCAGGGCGGUUCCACAAGCCUCGUUUUACAAGGGAUGACCAUGCAUUCCACAAAGCCGGCUUUGGCACCCAGCGGCACCACCACACGAGCCACUGGGCUUACGUCCACCGGAGAGAUCACUUCCAUUCUAAACUUCACCACAUUCCACUGAAGGAAAGGGUCAGGCUGAAGGAGCGGGAGAAGGAGAAGUACAAGCGGAGAGACAGCACUGAAGGAAGCUCAUCUCCAAAGCAAGAAAACACUACUAGACCUUUCACUUCAAGGUCCUCCUCCAGCAGAGACAAGGACAUGCAGUUCACCGUAAGUUCACCUAGCAACAGGAAUCAAAGCAGGGAGAGAGAUCACAAGGGGACAAAAAGCAAAGAACGAAGCGGAGAGAGGGAGCUCCCUUCAACUGUGAGCCAGACGGCGGCACGAGACAGAGCCAUCCAACAGAAGAGGAAAGAGAUAGAUGAGGUGUACUAUCAGGAGUGUGAAAUGUUUGGCUUUGUAGUAAAGAUGCUGAUUAAAAAGGAUCCAUCUCUGGAGCGUCCCAUCCAGUCCUCUUUACAGCAGAACCUCCGGGACAUCGGCAAACGCUGCGUAGAAGCAAUGGAGAAAUUUAUCGAGGACUACGACUCCAGGGAGCUGUCACACUGAUCAGACACGCCAUGCUGCCUGUGUUCUUAGUCUUUUAAAGUGCUGAGAACUUGAUUUGAUUUAUUGCUGCUUUUGUUUUCUUAUUUGUAAUAAUCUUGUGCAUUGCUGUCUGCUGCUUGGAUAAUAGUCCCCUCUGUCUACAGUGUAAUUCUGAACACUGGUGAAAACGUUUUAAUUAUGCUUGUUAUUUUGAAAAUGUGCUGGUGAUGAUGACGAUGCACUGGUUGUAUUGCUUUAAAAGGUCUCAUAUAGACUGAAAUAUAUUUUGACAUAAUUUAUUUUUGCUUGCAAUAAAUUUGUUUACAGCAUUUUAAACAUUAUGUGGUCCAAAAAUAUGCUCAGUGAUGUGUUCAUGGCUAUAUAGAUCACUUCAGGUCACAGCAGGAAAUACAUUAAUAGGUCAGUAGGUGACUUGGACACACACUAUUGUUUAUGGUUUCAACACCUGUAGAUUCUGUGAUAUUUGAUAUAGACCAGUGUUGCUCGUCUUACAGCCUGAAACACGGCCCCUCUGCCGAUCAUUGUUUAGUGUACUAAAUUGUGUGAAGAGGUUCAAGCUAUGGAUGUGUGAAAAAGAAAAUAGACCCUCAUUCAGUUCUAAGGUUUUACAUAUCAGGACAUAAUAAUAAUAAAAAGCACCACCUAGUUUUUACCAGUUUCUAAAAUUAUUUAAAUUUAACCUCAGAAAAAUAACACAUGACAUAAUAAACCAUGUUAUUAUUUAUUUAACAAAAAUUAACACAGAAUCCAGAAGCGGUGAGUGAAAACCUGUGUGUACCAUGUAAUUCAGUAGUGUGUACAACCAACUUUAUUAACAAUAAUCUGAAUCUUGUUCUCUGUGACUUUGUUCAGUCUCUUAUGUUGUCAUGAACACUUUUUGUCCCACUCUUCGUUAUAGGGUCGCUUCAGUUGAUUGAGUUUCGAGGGCUGUUUUUUAUAUGCAGCUCUCUUAAUGUCCCACCAGAGUAUUUCAAUCAGGUUAGAUCAUUGUCUUAUUGCAUCACCGAAGUUGGAGCAAUCUUUUGCUGUCAGACCGAUGGUCUCACAUUUGACUCUAGAGUACUUUGCUAUUGAAUGAGUUCAUGGUGGACUCAGUGACUGCAAGGUUCCCACAUCACGUGGCUGCAAAACAAGCUCAAAUCAUCACCCCUCCAUCUCUGUGCCUCGAAGGUGAUACGCUGCAUUUGACUUUCACCAAGUAUGGUGCUGUGCAUUUUGGCUAACCAUCUUCACUUUGGUCUUGGUCAUUUGUUCCACAGGUCUUGUGGUUUGUUCACAUGCAACUUUACAAAUCUAGAGCUUAGAUUUCUUUAAAUUACUUUUUGACCUUUAUUAAAUAGCACAGUGACGAGAGAGAGUGUGGGGGGAAGACAUGUAGCAAGCAUUCAGUCAUUGCUGCACUCAUAUGGUCACCUGCUUCUGAGCUAAACUGUUGCCUCUCCUUUUUUAUUUUUAAAGAAGUCUAUUUCUACUGGCAACCUUUCUGAAUGAGCCAAGCUUCAGACUUUUUUUUUUUUUUUUUAAAUUGUACUGUCAUGAACUUUAAUAUUUAACAAGCUACCUGAGGUCUGAGAUGUAGGUCUUGGGUUUGUUGUCAUCUUUCUGAUCUUUGGGUGAAUUUGUUGGGAGAUUCACUUGCGGGAAGACUGGCAACUCACUUGAAUGUUUCCACUUUUAAAACUCCUUCUCCAUGUGUACACACCUGAAUGCUCCAGACUUGCAAACUGCCAAAAUAUCUGCUUUUAUAGAAGCGCUCACACUGAUUAGCACACUGGCUGAUGAUCAGCUAAUCAGCUGCAUCUGAUGAGCAGCACUGGCUCCUGCUUAAACUGGAAGCAGCGAGGGUAUAAUUUAUAUUUUACAGAAUACUUCUUCACUACUUUGGUUUUGUUAAACAAUGUUUCAGCAUAAUAUGGUUGUAUUUACCUAUGUAAAACAUUAAGAGUUAAAGGAAGAUGUAUUUUCUUUUUAUCGUGACUGUAUAUUUGAUGUAAUCAAAGUAUUCAAACCAUUUCCAACUCAAUUAUAGUUGUAGCUACUAAAAUUCAUAUACUAAAUCUUAUAGGUCUAUUGUAAAAAAACGAAUGUAGUUAAUAGGCCAAAUUUCAGACCUUUUUAUGUUAGAAAUUUAUUUUUUUUGUUUAUUAACUGGUCCUUGUUAUAUUGCUGAAGUGGCCAGUGUCAAAGUAUUUCUGAUUUACUCUGUGACUCGAACACUGACACAGCUCAGGCUGGAUUAUCACUGAAGUAUUGAUAUUCAUUUAAAUGUGACCAGUGACAAGAAACUGCAGCACAAUAAUGCAAGAGAUACAUUUUAACUUUUUUCCAGGCGCUAGUGUAACAGGAUUAACUGUAAAAUGUCGAGCUCUAUAUAAAGUCUUGAGUCACCCUGUUUUUGGGUUUUUUUUUGGUUUUUUAGACUUUGUACAGUUCUAAGAUGCCUGAAAGUCAAACUUUUGUGCUUGAGUCAUGAAUGAGUCAUGGAUCAGUGGCAUAACAAACAAAUAAAUGAAAGAAAUUCCUUUAAAAAUGGUCAAGUACAAGAACUGGACUGAAGAUAAAGUAGCCAAUAUUUAAAAAAAAUAUGAAAGACCUUAAGAAAGCUUGGAGAACUCUUGCUCAAUACCAUUUCAAAAAUGAAAAGAAAUUCUGGCUCCUUGAAAGCAAAAUAUAGAGAAAUGAAAGGAGG